AUGAACAUUUCUGAAGCGACACUUGAGUCACAGCGACGAAGAGAGUCUCCAUCGAAAUCUCCAUCAGCAUUUCCCCCGAAGAGCCGCCAUCCUGAAGAAAUACCGGAGCUCGAUCACGACCCGCGCCACCCACCACAGUCUCCGUCAAAAUCAAAAGUCUCGGGAGGCAGGGAAGCAGGGAAGCAGGAAAGCAGGGAAGCAGGGAAUCAGAGAAGCAAGGAAGCAGGGAAGCAGGGAAUCAGAGAAGCAAGGAAGCAGGGAAGCAGGGAAUCAGAGAAGCAAGGAAGCAGGGAAUCAGAGAAGCAAGGAAGCAGGGAAGCAGGGACGGAGCGUGCACCACUGGCGGUCGAGGGCAAGUGA